AUGCUGCAUUUCGGGUACCGCCUCUUUUUGCUCCUUGCAUUGCUCCCAGUGCCAACUUGGGCAGAUUCUGGGGACGACUUCAGCAACAACCUGUUCUCUGACCUUGCCCCAUUACUUGCACUGUUUGGAGAGCGAGUCACGAUGCAAUUCCUAAGCCAGUCCAUGGGCUGGGCCGACUGUAUCAUCUUAGCGGUAGCACCCCUCGGUAUUAUUACAACGAUCGUUAGUGCCAUCCGGGUUGAUGGACCGGCUUGGCUUAAGGCUAUUAUAGGCAGGUCCAGAGAGAACCUGUCAGCUGCAGAGAUGGAACUCAUGUCAUCGACAUCCCAAGAAACCUGUGAGCUCUGGAACGAGAGGGAUGUGGUAAGAUGUCAGGGCAAAGCACCUGUCACGGAAUUCAUCUGUCUUGCACCUCCGAAAGGUGAUGGGGUGAUCAAACGCAUUAGAUUCCUGACGCUCAGUGAAGCUAUCGAUCAGAAACUGGUGCAGAAACAGUGUGAACGGAAAGUAAAUAUCUUCAACGUAAUUGCCUUAUACAAAGGGAGUCACACAGAGCCCCAGCCCUCUGAAAUAAGUAGUCAUAGCUCUGAAGGUGGUAAGAGAUACCUUUGGGAUGCCUUCAGAUCACGGCGAAAAAGCAGGGACGUGGAAGUACCAACACCGAUACUCCUCGAAAGUCGAACAUCAGAAGCUCAAGCUGAGCCAUCUUUGGCAUACGAGCUGAUUGUCCUAAGGAACACUACAACGCAUGCCCCAAAUAUUAGUCUAAACCGCUAUCAUAAAGUCGGCCGAGGUCAUUUAUACAUGGUUGCAAUCUUCGGCAUUCUUCUUCAACUUGGUGUGCUGGUCUACUUUGGUUCUAUCACCUACUAUCCGACUUUAAAGUUCAAGAAGGACGACAAAGAAGUUCUUGGGUAUGGCUUCCCUUUUGCAGCAGGUGGUACGUUAGUCCUCAUUUUGGGGAUGCUGCUCUGUGCCCAUGUUGUCGACCGCAGUACCACGGAGGAGAGAUACGAACCAGCUCAAGGUCGCGAGAUGAGGAUGAUCUGGCUCCAACAGAAGCAGAUUCGAUGUCCACAAGUCAUUGUUACUUCACAAAGAGACUCGACUACCAAAUCCAAUCGUGGACGAGACCCCGAAUCAUCAGCAGUCAACAAUGCGGACUCAACCUCCAGCCAAUCCGAAGAAACAGAAAAUGAAAUAUCAUCUUCUGAUUCGGAGUCAGGCCCAGCUUUUAAUCUUACUGUUAUUGCAACAGCAAUUUGUCUAGCCGGAUUCAUAAUUCAGUUCAUCGGCCUAAGGGCCAUGCAUUGGUCAGCGUCAGUGGGCCAACUCAUUGCAGUCAUAAUUAUGACUAUUCUUCGAGCCCUUGUCCGUGUAGGUUUCAUUGCACCUAUAGAAUACUUCAAGUUGAGGGACAAGUUCGAGCUUGAUGGGCUUGCUCUGGCCCUGGGAGACCCAAAGCUAGGCCCCGAUAGUGGGCCAGUGGAUGAAGAGCACAGGUUUGACUUUGGUCUAUCCCAAGGAAGGACCUGGAAAGUGGUACUGAAGGAAGACCAGGUGUCCCAAAUCACUGACGGUAGCGCUGUGUCUUUACUUUCAUCCAAUGGGGACAUGGGAGCACCAGCUCAAAGCAAUAAUCCUAAACCAGGGGGGCUCUCGGUGGAGCGCCAAGACAAUGAAGCUCAAGAGAUCUUGGACAUACGAAAACAUCUAGCGCACCUAGCUGGAUGGCGUGGACCAGCUUCAAAAGAAGCAAACUCUCUUGCUGAGGCCAUUGAAGUCACAAUGAAUACUCUCUGUCCGCGGGAAACUGCCGAGCCACGAACUUGGUCUUGGACAAUUCAAAUCGAUGUACGGGCGAAAGACGAAGAUCCUAAAGGUUUUCCCAUUUCUCUACACCUAAGUCAUCAGAAAGGGCAGUGGAAGGCCCGUGUAGAUGAAUUGGACGCAGUCUUGUCCUUGUGGCUUGCCUCGAUAGACAGAGAGCGAGAGCUAGCUUCAACUACCUCCAAGGAAGAAGAGAUAGAUGACGAUGACGAAUGGUAUCGUAAAAGAAGCUCCCAGACCAGGGGCGGCCUGGUACUUCUGGGAGAGCAUACAGAGUCUCUGAAACAGGCUUUUGAAUGGUGGCUACCAGCAGACGCACCGAAACCCCUGGAGAUCGAAGAGAGUGAGAUCAAAGAACAGUAUGAUGAGACAUGGAGAAUCGUUGGCACGAAGUUUCGUGAGGGUUACUACAUGCCACCGCUUACUGAGUCCUCAGAAAAAGAGGAAGAGCGCGAGCAGGCGAAUAGUAGUGAUUCCGAUGAACUAGAUGACGAGGACGAUGAUGACGGCGAUGAUGACGAUGACAGUUCUGAUGAGAUCUCGGCCCCUUCAACCCUCGGCCGGGCCAUAUUUUUCUAUAUAGAAUCGAACGACACCUUGGAGCAACUUUUCGCUAGGCACAUAUUCCAUGCCUUUGUCUGGGCCGCUGCUUCACAAAUGAAAGCCCCGAUCGAUCAACAUUCAGAGAUGGAGGUGGUGGGAACAGUCAUACCGGGCGAAUGGAACAACAUCCGGUUUCGUGGCACUAGUCUUGCUAGACUAGUAGGAUCAAUCAGAAGCUCAGGUCUCAUGGACUUGAACCAGGCUUUUAUCACCCUUAUACCUCCGCUGCAUGCUUAUGCACGGCUUGGGGAGUUGGAUUGUGUCAUUGAAGCAGUGCUUGGCCAAGCGCUACAGCAUGAAAAGGCAUUAAACUGGGAAGCAGCUUAUGAGUCCUACAUCGCUUUAUUGGAUCUCUCAAGUCAGUUUCGCGAGGAUAGUUUCGCCUUCAGAAGAACGGUUGCGAUAGCGGUUGAGUACAUGCGAACCUUGAAACUAUUGCCUAAGGUGCCAGAAAGUGGGGAGGAUCAAUUUUAUGUGACAGAGUCAAUCUACGAGAGCUUGUCACUCCGACUCAACAGCCGCACCUACCAGCAGAUCCGAAAUGAUCUUGGAACGUUAUAUGAACGACAGCGGCGGGCCAAGGGUUCUCCCUGCAAUGAUGGAGAGCAAAGGGAGAUCAUCAACUGCGGCUUCACACGGUUACACGACAUGACUGCCCAAAAUCAAUUUGAUCAUGAGUUUGACAAACGAGAAAGGAAAAGGAUGCGUCACCGACCUCUCAAGCCUAUUGAAACGCGAGUGGCUAUUGAAGACAUAACAGACAAACUGCAGAAAUACGUUAGAGCUCAGGAUAUCCUCGGAUGGACCCCGCUUCACUAUGCUGCAGCUUGGAAUGAUGAUGAAGCGCCCUACUGGAUAGACAGCUUGCUUGCCAGGGGGGCUGAUCUCGAUGCCCCUGAUAUCCGAGGUUGGACGCCACUACAUUAUUCCUUGUGGAACGCCAACCACCGUGCCGUUCGCACACUUGUCGAAAAAGGGGCGAAUACGAAAAUAGCAGGGGUUGAUGGGAUAACACCUUUACACUGCGCCGCUGCCAAAAUGACAGGUCGCAUAAUUAACAAGUUGAUCUCCCAUCCUAGGCACCGUGCGGAUCAAUUUGCUACGGACAACUUCGGUAGGAUGCCUAUUCACUUGGCAGCUCAAGAAGGCAACACGCGUGUUAUCGGCACUCUCCUUCCAAGCAUACACGAGAAAGAUCAGUACGGCGGGACUGCAUUUCAUCUGGCAGCAUUCAGCGGGAAAUUGAAAACACUUUCUAAGAUCAUUGAGUGUGGAGCCGAUGCGAAUGAGCCUUUUGGGUCUUAUUACGAUUCCACAACCUUACACUGGGCUGCUGAACAUUCUAAAACCGGACUUGCGAAGAUUCUUCUCCAUUUGGGUGCAAAUGUUAACGCCAGGGACUGUGCUAAAUUCACCGCUCUUCAUUGUGCAUGUAUGCAUAACAGAUUAGAGAUGGUGGAGAUCCUGAUGGGAUCUGGGGCGGAUGUCAAUGCUGAAGAUCGAUGUCAUCACACUCCCUUAUGGCAUGCAGCGUACAGUGGAAAUACCGAAUGCGUUGGCAGGCUUCUUGAGGCGGAAAAUUUCGACAUCAAUGCGCCGGUCCAAACAGGUGAGAGUCCACUAUACGGUGCAAUUAAGCGCGGUCGCGGUGAUAUAGUUAGAAUGCUAGUUGAAAAGGGUGCCAAAAUUAGCCAACAGAUGGUUGAUUUCGCAGCAGAUUUGUACGAGCCAGGAGAGCGUAAAGAUAAAGAGGACGUAGAGAAAAUGGAUGAGGAUAAGGAAGAAGAAGAGGAUGAGAAUGAUAAGGAUCACGACGAUCACGACGAUGAUGAGGAUGAAGAAGGGGACAAAGAAGAGGAUAAAGAAGAGGAAGAUGAAGACGAGGAGGAGGUGCAUGUAGAAGAGGGGAAUAAAAGACUAGGUCUUAAAACUGAAGACUUUGGGAAGUAUAUACGCGCUGCCUUUUCACUCCAAAAUGCUUUUUGCAAGCAUGUUCAAGAAGAUAGGGAGAAGGUUAUACUGUCAGAGCUAAUCCGAAGGUUAUGCCCCCCAUAG